AGCAACAGCCCCGUCUCGUCUCCCCGUUUCUCUCUAGUCUCUAGCCACCUUCGUUCCCCACCACUGUGCCUAGGGCUCGCAGUGGGGGCGACCGGACCGCGGCCUCCGACCUCCCUCCACCGCCGGAGGCGCCCUCUUCGUGCCGCACGGGGGCCGCCGAGGCUCCCUCCGUACCUGGCAUGCCUCCGCGCCGCCGCAGCCGCGUCGCCAGAGGGCUCGCCGACUAGGAGAUCCAGGUGGUCUAGUAGACAUGUCUUUUAGAAAGCACCAACUUUCCAGUAAUGCAGCCUCCAUAAGUUUGGCUCCUCCGGAUUUUACAAGUCAGGAACUUGAGAAGGUUAAUCCUUUGAAUUCAGUGAUGUCAGCUGAUGUUGCAUCCAUGGAUGGUGUGGAUAUUGAUAUGAGAGAAGUUUACUUUCUCAUUAUGCAUUUUUUAUCUCAUGGUCCAUUUAAACGGACCUUUGGUGAACUGUGCAAUGAACUACUGGAGCAUCAACUUCUACCUAGAAGAUACCAUGCUUGGUAUUCGCGUCGUGGUUUCCAUAGUGGUGAAGAAAAUGAUGACGGCAUAUCACUCCCUUUGGGUUAUGCAAAGUUAGCUGAGAGAUACCCCCACAUUGGUAAAGACCACUUGGUAAAGCUAUUAAAGCAACUGAUGGUUAGUUCCUGUCACCCACACAACUUGAUUGGAGCAGUUUCUCCAAACGCUGCUGAUGUUCCAACACUUCUUGGCUCCAACUCCUUUUCGCUUCUUGCAUCUGAUAGGCAAGACAAGGAAACUCCCAAGAUGCCAACCUAUCUUCGUUGGCCGCACAUACAGGCUGAUCAAGUUCAUGGUCUAGGUUUGAGAGAGAUUGGUGGUUUCACUAAGCACUGUCGAGCUCCCUCUGUACGUGCAUCAUGCUAUGCUAUCGCAAAGCCAUCUACCCUUGUUGAAAAGAUGCAAAUCAUAAAGAGAAUGAGGGGACAUCAAAAUGCUGUGUAUUGUGCUACCUUUGAUCGCACGGGGCGUUAUGUUAUUACUGGUUCUGAUGACCGCCUUGUUAAAAUAUGGGCGAUGGAAACAGCUUUUUGUCUGGCUAGCUGCCGGGGCCAUGAGGGUGAUAUUACUGAUCUUGCUGUCAGUUCCAAUAAUGCUGUGGUGGCAUCUUCAUCCAAUGAUUUCAUUAUUAGAGUGUGGCGUAUGCCUGAUGGAAUGCCAGUUUCAGUGCUCAAGGGGCACACGGGAGCAGUUACUGCUAUUGCAUUUAGUCCAAGGCCAGGUGCUGCCUUCCAGCUGUUGUCGUCAUCAGAUGAUGGGACAUGCAGGAUUUGGGAUGCCAGAUACUCCCAACAACCUCCACGAAUAUAUACACCAAAGCCCCCAGAUGUUGCCCCUGGGAAGAGUGGUGAUGUGUCUUCAAGCGCUGUUCAAGUCCAGCCAACAAAUCACCAAAUCUUAUGUUGUGCAUUUAAUGCUAAUGGAACUGUGUUUGUCACUGGCAGCUCAGACACCUUUGCUAGGGUAUGGAAUGCUUGCAAGAGUUCUUCUGAGGAACACGACCAACCGAAUCAUGAGAUGGAUCUAUUAUCUGGGCAUGAAAAUGAUGUAAACUAUGUGCAGUUUAGUGGAUGUGCAGUGGCAUCAAGAUCAUUUUCAUCUGAUUCUAGUCAUAUCUCUAAGGAAGAAAAUAACCUGAAGUUCAGAAAUUCCUGGUUCACGCAUAAUAUUGUUACCUGCUCACGUGAUGGCAGUGCAAUUAUAUGGGUUCCACGAUCUCGGAGGUCACAUGGAAAGGUUGGACGCUGGACACGUGCUUACCAUCUUAAAGUCCCCCCACCUCCAAUGGCUCCUCAACCACCACGAGGUGGUCCUCGUCAAAGAUACCAACCAACUCCUCGUGGUGUCAACAUGAUUGUUUGGAGUCUGGACAACCGCUUUGUACUUGCUGCUAUCAUGGAUUGCAGAAUUUGUGUAUGGAAUGCUUCUGAUGGGAGCUUGGUGCAUUCACUGAUCGGCCAUAAGGAAUCCACAUUUGUCCUUGAUGUGCAUCCAUUCAACCCUCGUAUUGCUAUGAGUGCUGGGUAUGAUGGAAAGACGAUCAUCUGGGAUAUAUGGGAAGGAAAACCCGUGCAAAUUUACGAAACAGGGCAUUUUAAACUAGUUGAUGGGAAGUUCUCUCCGGAUGGCACAUCACUUAUUUUAUCGGAUGAAAUUGGGCAAAUAUUCAUUAUUGGUACUGGACAAGGAGAGUCCCAGAAGGACGCAAAAUAUGAUCAGUUCUUCCUUGGAGACUAUCGACCCCUCAUCCGAGAUACCAAUGGAGGCGUUAUUGAUCAGGAAACACAGCUUAUACCAUAUAGGAGAAAUAUGCAAGACUUCUUAUGUGAUGCUGGUAUGAUGCCAUAUCCAGAGCCCUUCCAGAGUAUGUACCAGAAACGUCGGUUAGGUACACUUGGACUUGAGUGGCGACCUCCCUCUGUGAACUUUGCUGUUGGCCCCACUUACAAUGCAACCACUGGUGAAUACCAAACCAUCCCAAUUAUUGAUCCGGACAGGUGGGAACCACUUCCAGAGAUAACAGACUUCAUUGAGCUUGAACCAGAAAAUGAAGUUAUCUCUGACGAUACUGAUUCCGAGUACAAUGGCAUGGAUGAGAAUUCAAGUGAAGGAGAACAGGAGAUUAUGAGUGGUGAUUCCUCGGGUACUUCAUAUUCAAGUGCAGAAAUUGAUGCGGAUAACCCUAAUAGUGCUGCUCAUCUCCGCCGAUCAAGAAGAAAGAAGAAAAAAUCUGAGGUUGUGCAGGCUGAACUUGUUACUUCAUCUGGUCGGCGAGUUAGGAAAAAGAUUUUGGAUGAGCCUGAUAUAGCUACAGUGUCAAGGCCACGUAGAAGUAGGAAGUCUAGGAAUGGACAUUCAAGCAAAAGGAAAAGAUCCCCAAAAUCCAGGGGAUUGCGUCCUCAAAGACGUGCUGCUCGCAAUGCACUCAAUUUUUUCUCAAAGAUAGGAGCUUCAACGGAAGAGGAUGAAGAUGACUCAGAGGGAAGUUUCUCAGACAGUGAAUUGAACACAGAUAGUACUGAUGCUGAACAGUUAGAACGCACUGGCCAGCUCAGAUUUAGCACAGAGGAAGAUGCUACACAACCUUCUCAAUUUACGGAUAAUAAGGGAAAUUCUGGAACUGGUAGAAAAAUAGUACUCCGAAUACCACGCCGUGAUUUGAAAAAUCAAUUUCCUUCGGGAAGUGGAAAAGCAGAAUGCUCCACACAGGAUAAAACAAUGAAUUCUCUUGCUCUAGCUAAUCAUGGAUCAGUAGAGCCCGAACUAACUGUUGAACACAGACAUUCCUCUGCUUGCAAGGCUGAAUUACCAGCAGAUGGUGGUCUGUAUGAUGGUUCUGCUGUUCACAGUAACAACUCAAUUAGGUGGGGUGAAGUUAAGAUGCGAUCCUCAAAGCGUUUCAAGUACAGUGAUCCAGCAGGAGGGUUGUGGUCCACUCCAAACAAUGCAGCUUCACAGGAUAUUGAAGGAUCAGGUAGUCAUGAGAUGCCUCAUGAAUAUGGUGGUGGAAUCCAGCAAAGUGUUGGGCGAAAUGUACAAGAAAUACGACCUGGAAUAAUUCUAGAUAACAUUCAGGAAAACCACACUACUGAUGAGUAUAAUGGAGAAAAUUUUGGGGACAAAGAAAAGAUAACUAACGAUAAUAAUGCCUGGGCAGAUGGAGUAAAUAAUACCAUACAAGUUAACAAUACUUCUCAGCCUUCCUUGAAACUGAAGUUCAAGUCAAGAGGCUUUGCAGAUGGAGCAAGUUUGCCGGACAAAUCAAGAAGUGCAGCAGAGGGAAAUAUCAUGAAUGCCGAGCAUGGUGAAAGUUCAGUACGGCAUGAUGAUGAUUCUUCGAUCAAUCAACCUAGGAAUGUGCACAUACUUAAUGUGUCCAAAAGUUCUCAGGAAUGCACAGAUAAAAGCAUUGGUUUACAUGAUUCAAAAAAGCUGAUCUUGGAUUCUCCAAAGACAUUUCCUGCAGUGUACAAAAGGUCAAAGCCAAAUAACAGGAAAAAAAUAGAUUCAGAUGAAUAUGCAAACGAGGAUAGUACUUCUAUCUCAAACGACGAUGGUGGAUACCAACCUCCAGAAUAUAGUCCUGUUACAGCUGCAAGAGGUAGAUUGAGAAGAAGCACAAGGAAGUCUUAUGCGCACAAUGGUGAUGGCAUACCACGGGAUGAUAUUUCUCAAGUUAAAGAUUCUUAUAGUUCCUAUAAAGCUUCAACUAGUGGAAGACGAAUUGUCACAGAUGUACGGGAAGUAAUGUGGCAACCAACCUCAAAAACGGUUGGUUUAAGGUCUGCUAGGAACAAAAGAGAGAGUAGCAACUUUCCUGAUACACAUCUAUUUGGUAAAAAGCACCAGGGGGCCUUAAAGUAUUCAUGGUUAAUGUUGCACGAGCAUGAAGAUAGUUACCGUUAUAUUCCUCAACUCGGUGAUGAGGUUAUAUACUUGUGGCAGGGCCAUGAGGAAUAUCUUGAAGGAGAGCGAUUAUCUGAUCCUUGCCCUUGGAUGCGGAUAAAAGGCCUUAAGGCUGUAGAACUUUGCAAAAUACAGGGUCUUGAUUACUCCUCUUACAAAGGAUCUGGUGAAAGCUGCUGUAAACUAUCCAUCAAAUUCAUUGAUCACGCUUCCACUGGGUUUGGCAAAACAUUUAUGAUCACCUUGCCUGAGCUAGUUAGCUAUCCAGAUUUUCUUGUGGAAAGAACAAGGUAUGAAGCUGCUAUGGAGCGGAAUUGGACCCACAGAGAUAAGUGCAAAGUUUGGUGGAGGGAUGAAGAAGAACAGGAAGGAGGAAAAUGGUGGGAGGGACGGGUUAUGGCAGUAAAACCUAAAUCAGCUGAUCUCCCGGAUAGCCCAUGGGAGAAAUAUGUCAUACAGUAUAAGAAUGAUGUUUCUGAGCACCCACAUAGCCCCUGGGAACUUCAUGAUGUAGGCAAUUUAUGGGUUCCAUGGAAACAUCCGCAUAUCAAUCUCGAGAUUCGGGAUAAACUGUUAUCAGAAAUGGAAAAUUUACAAGAAAUGUCGCAUGGGAAUCAGGAUCGUUAUGGUGUUAUAAAGUUAGACAAGGUCACAGAAAAGUCGGACUUUGUGAACAGGUUUCCUGUCCAAUUUUCCAUAGAGGUGAUCAAGACAAGACUAGCGAACAAUUACUACAGAACUCUGGAUGCUGUCCGACAUGAUGCCACUGUGAUGCUUAUAAAUGCAGAGUCUUACUUUUCAAAGAGUGCUGAAAUGACCAAAAAGAUCCGCAGGCUCUCUGACUGGGUCGAUCAAACCUUUUCAUCAUUGUAGUGGGUCUAGGGGACGUUCCUCGACGCCUGAUUGACACCUUCAUUUUUCAUGUCAGCAGAAUUUUCGCCUCAGCCAUCAAGAUGAUUCUACUGAGGCAUAAUUUUGUUAGAGGAAUUAACCAAAGUAGUUCUCAGGGUGAAAAGGAAUUUUCGAUGUAGGUCAACCGGUUAAACAAUUUGUUUGCUGAUACAAAUUGAUCUUAGCUAACUCCUCUGACCGUUUGAUUUCCUGUUGUCAAGACACAAUGUUUCAUCCUAUUGGGGCUUUGUUAGAAAAGAUGCUAAGGUGUAAAGCUGGUAGAGGAAAUGCAUUAACAGAUAUCAUUCAUUGUGUAUAGACACCAGUACAUCGGCAAUAAAAGAGGAAGAAAAUGUGUCUCGUCUGUGCUAAGUACAAUUUGGGAUCUUUGUUCCAAAAAAGUACAAUUUGGGAUGAUACAUUGUAUGUCUGAAGUUAGUAGCGCUUUUUUCCUGCGUGUCUAGGCACGCCGUUUAUGUAA